AAAACGUCCCCGCCGAUGAAUCCUCCAUGCGAAAUUGCUUCUGGGCACCGCGACACAUAUAACCAUCGUGAUUGUACUGUUCGAACACAGUACGGUUCACGCCCAAACAAUCCCUCCUCGCCAUGGCUACUCCACCCGCCCGCCGCCGCUACAACGCAGCGCUGAUAACCGCCUUUACGGUUCUGUCUCUCGCAGCAGCCUGGUCUAUGCGCAUUUCAGCCCUGCUAAACAAUGUCCCCGUCGGCUUUGAUAAAUUAAUUGAGACAGGCGCCUUGCCUAACGGGACGCGAUUCAAGAAACAUUACACUGGCAUCAAGCCUCUGGACGAAAUGUUGUCGUUCUUGGUCGCUGCUUUCCUAUACGGUCCAACUGGCUGGAAUGAAGUAUUUUAUUGGCAACAGUUGCACUUCCUGGUACAGAUUACGGCGAUUGUGGCCAUCAUGAACGUCGAGGCUUGUCGAGAGAGGAAUCGCGGGAGUUGGCUGAAGUAUACUGCCAUAUUCGCUUUCGCAUAUCAGAACGUUGGCGGAGCCGUCAUCAUCCCGAUUUGGUGGAUUUUGCUUCAUCGGGCCUCGGCUGAGAAAUCGUACUUUUCUAGCGGACGCAUAGUCCCGCUACCAUACGCGUCUCUCAUACUGCCAGCUACGGUCGCAAUCUACACCAUCCCCAGCAUCGCAAUGUAUGUCCCUGGAAUAGACUUGAUCAGCCUUCAGAAUCUCCUCGCAUUCUGGCAAUUAACCCCGCUUUUCGCCAACGUUCCAUUGUGGUUUGCAUCACCCUUUGUCUCCUCUGCCCCGGCAGCAGCCUCAAAGACGAGGAACGCAGAUCUUCCGCAUCUCAAACUCCUCUACAUUGCUACGUUCUUAAUUAGCAUCGGAAGCCAUUGGUUCGCCAUUCACGGCAUUAUAACAUCCACGAACCCUGAGGUUUCGCUCUCGGCUGUAUUCCUGCCUAGCACGUCUAAGUGGAAAACAACCCUGGACUGGGGCCUGGUGUGGAUCUUCCAAUGGGACUGGUUGAUUAUUGCGAUAGUGCAUGAUCUCGCUGCUUGGAUCGCUGUGUACGACGUACAGCGACUAAUUCAUGGUGCUGCCACCAGCGCGCAGUUACUCCAGGGCGCCGGUGCCAUCGCAGCAUUGACUUUGCUUGGAGGGCCUGGCGCAGCACUUGCUGCUGUCUGGGGAUGGAGAGAGGAGAAGUUAGCAGUGAUUGAAAAACGAUUGAGUUCUGGGAAGAAGGGGCUUUGAAUGUAACGGGCGAACACACUAAAAUGUCCAUUUGAUUGAGUUUGCAUUUCGCAACUAAGGGGAGGGCAUCGUGCUAGAUACCGGGACUCUAUGUCUCCUCAGUACCGGUUUAAGAAGUAGUCUGACAAAACCUGUACAUGCCCUCAACGUUCCAUAUUGCCCUUCUUUCCUCACAUGCAUACCAUCUUCCCUGCCCUUUCCCGGCCCUUAGCUAGACCCGCCUAGGGCUUCACUGCCGGUUGCCCAUAUUCCUCGCCACCCCCCC